AGCAACCCUCAGCGUGGUUUUGUUUACUUCCACUUUAUUACUGCUUAAUAAAUUCGUAAUUUUAGGGGUUUUUCCUGAGUUAAAAUGAGCAAUAAAGUGCACCGUUACUUCACCGCAGAGGACAAGAAGCCCCAGGACGCAGAAAAACAGAACAAAUCGGCGCAAUCUGAUGUUAACGCGAAAAAGAAUCCUCCGAACAUGGAGGUGAUAAUCGUAGAUACCAGCAAAACUUUGCCGGCUCGUCAGCGACCGGAGUUUUCGGGCAAACAAUUUCGCGAAAAAAGGCAAAAGCGAAUCGAGAUUCCUCUAAAUCCAGCGGCGUUGAAGCGACACUCACGUGGCGAGCGCUUGAAUUUGAACGGAGUGAAAACGGAUCUCCGUAAGAUACAGGAAAAACGGAAGGACUUUCAGAUCGAGUUCGCCGAGGAGCAGGCAGCACGCGCCGAGAUUCUGCUGGACGGAGAGGAAGGAUUCCUAGAGGCCGACGAAGGCGAAAGCACGACGGACAUCAGCCAGAAGGAAAUAGUGGACAAUGUGGACAUCACGACGGCAACAAAACACUUUACCCUCGCGCUCGACUUUGGCCCAUACCGGAUGCGCUACACGAAGAACGGAACACACCUGUUGCUAGGAGGACGGCGCGGUCAUGUGGCGGCCUUUAGCUGGAUUCGUAAAAAGCUGCAGUUUGAGAUGAACGUCAUGGAAUCGGUGCACGAUGUAACGUGGCUUAUGAACUACACAAUGUUUGCGGCUGCACAAAAAGAAUGGGUGCACGUGUACGACAAGAAGGGCACGGAACUGCACUGCAUCAAGUCGAUGCACCGAAGCCAGCGGCUGGAGUAUCUGCCGUACCAUUUCUUGCUGUGUAGUGCAGGAGAGAACGGCUUCCUAUCGUGGAUGGACGUGUCGAUUGGCCAGACAGUGGCAAGCUAUAAUAGUCGCGUGGGUAAGGUGUCCGUUAUGACGCAUAAUCCAUGGAAUGGGGUGACGUGCGUGGCCGAUUCAAAAGGAGUCGUGUCGAUGUGGUCCCCGAUGGUGCGCGAACCCCUUGCCAAGAUGCUUUGCCAUCCGGUUCCGUUAACUGCGCUAGCAAUCGAUCCACAGGGCAUGCACAUGGCAACAGCGGCGCUAGAUCGCAAGAUAAAAAUCUGGGACAUUCGGCAGCUGGAAGGACCGCUAGAGACGUACCACAUCAAUACGGCUGCCUCGGACGUAAACCUUUCGCAGCGAGGCCUAAUGGCGCUUUCGUUGGGCAAUGUGUGUGAGAUCUAUCGUCGUAAUCCGAGUGCCGAUCAGGUGGAACUGAAGCCGUACAUACGCCAUCGCACAAAUGGUAUGAUUUCCAACAUACGAUUCUGCCCAUAUGAGGACGUGCUCGGUGUUGCGACGCAGAAGGGUUUCACCUCGCUGAUCGUGCCCGGAUCAGGCGAACCCAACUUUGAUACCUUCGAGGCGAAUCCGUUCCAAUCGCGUGCUCAACGGCGUGAAGAAGAGGUGCACGGUUUGCUGGAAAAGAUCCCAGCCGAGUUCAUUUCGCUCAACCCGAACCAGAUUUCCGAGGUAGAUGUACCAUCGGCCAAGGCCCGGCUCGAGCAAAAGGUAAAACAGCUGACUAUGAAACCGCCGAAAAUUGACUUCGAACCGCGCAACCGUAAGGGCAUCUCGAAGGCGAAACGCAUUAAGAUCAAGCAGAACGUGCGAGAGGCCCGAUUCAGGGAAGCGGCCAAGGAAAUCCUGGAAACUAAGGAAAAGCUGUUGAACGAGGAAAAGCAAACGCUCAAGAAGAGUCCCGAUUUCAUACCGCUCGAAACGAAGACCGUUCUGGAUCGCUUUCAAACGAAGAAAAAGAAGAACAAUCGGCAAUAACAAGCUGGUUUCCGGUGGAGAGCGUGUAUCUUAUAUUAAAUGUAAUAAAUGAAGAUGAAAAUGCUGGUGCACUCUCGU